AUGGCGCAGGGCUGCUGUCGCAGCUGAAGAUUCUGUUGUUGUCGCGUAUUGAUGGCGCAGUGGUCGCGCAGCGAAUUUUCUGGGAAACAGGAUGCGCUGUCUGCUUUGUUCCUUGUGACGGUGUAGUUAAUGUGUCACUAUUGCUGUUAAGUUUCGUUUGUGAUAUUUUGAGAACAGGAUGUCUUCUAGUUCUACUAAAAUAAUGCGUGGAAGUGUGCGGAGAUCCAAGAGGAGAUCGGCAAAACGUCCUUGUCCUGCCAAUGAAGAUGACGCCUCCGGCUCCGUUACCUCGGUGGAGAGGCCCGGCCGCGGCUACCUGCCCAAUCCGGCCGGCGGCCGCCUCAGUCCCGAACAGAUGGAGUCGCUGUUCCGUCUGCCGUUCCCCAAUGAGCUGGAGCUGGACAACUUCCUGCGGCCGGUGUCGCCCAGCGCGCCGUCCGAGGCCGGCCCGGCCGUGCCGCACAGUCACCGGCUGCGCAACGCCAAGUCGCCGCCGCCGGGGCCCAGCGGCCACCUGGCCGCCUACCCGGGCCCGCGGCCGGCCCGGCGCAGCUCCACAGACGAGGACAGCUGUGACCCGAUGGGCGAGGACCUGUCUCUGGCCGGCUCGGCGGCCGCCGCCGCCUACCAUCUGCGCCACCGGUCGCCCACGCCCGGACCCAGCGGCGCGUGCACGCCCUCGUGCGGCGCCGCCAGCCGCGACCCCACCCUGCUGCCCUACAGAAAACGGCCCCGCAAGGGAUCCCUGGUGGAAACGGCCACCGAGAAGAGCGUGGCAGCGCAGUACCUGCUGUACGAGCUGCCUGACGAGGUGCUGGUCACCAUCUUCUCCUACCUGCACGAAUGUGACCUGUGCCGCGCCGCGCGCGUCUGCCGCCGCUUCUACAAGAUCGCCAACGACCUGGGACUCUGGAAAACCCUGUACCAGAACGUGUUCGAGUACGACCGUCCGCUGCUGCACCCGGCCCCGUGCGAGUUCGAGUUCGUCAACCCCGACGACUGCGAGCUCGAAAACCCGUGGAAGGAGAGCUUCCGCCAGCUGUGCUACGGCGUGCACGUGCGGCCCGGCUGGGAGGCGCGCGUGCCGCCGCCGCCGCCGGCCGGCCGCGCCCGCUCCUCGCGCGUCGCCUACGCCGAGACGGUGGAGUCUGCGGUGGAACAGAGCGAGCGACCCGGCGCGCCGGCCAACCCGCUCAUCUUCAUCCACACGGGCCACUACAUGCGCCAGUCGCUGGUCAUCAAGUCGAACGUGCAGCUAAUCGGCGCCGCGGCCGGCAAUGUGGCCAAACACGUCAUCAUCGAACACGGAAACGAGUCGACGCUCAAGUUCGGCAAGGGCGCGCGCCAGGCCUACGUGGGCUACGUGACGCUGCAGUUCGUGCCUGACAACGAGUCCUCGCACCUGAAGCACUACAGUCUGGAGGUGGUGGCCAACGCGGCGCCCAGCGGCGAGCACUGCUCCCCGGCGGCCGACCAGUGUUCUCCCACCGUGGACCAUUGCGUGGUGCGCAGCCGGUCGCUGGUUGGAGCCGCCGUGUGUGUCAGCGGCGCCCGCGCCGAGCCCAUAGUGCGCCACUGUGACAUUUCCGAGUGCGAGAACGUCGGUCUGUACAUCACUGACUAUGCGCAGGGCGUGUACGAGGACAAUGAGAUCAGCAAGAACCUGCUGGCAGGUAUCUGGGUGAAGAACCACGCCAACCCGGUGAUGCGGCGCAACCACAUCCACCACGGCCGGGACGUGGGCAUCUUCACCUUCAAUAACGGACAGGGGUACUUCGAGGCCAACGAUAUCCACGCCAACCGGAUCGCCGGCUUCGAGGUGAAGGCGGGCGCCAACCCGACGGUGGUGCGCUGCGACAUCCACCAUGGCCAGACGGGCGGCAUCUACGUGCACGAGAACGGGCUGGGCCAGUUCCUGGAGAACCGCAUCCACUCCAACUCGUACGCCGGCGUGUGGAUUACGGCCAACAGUAACCCGACCAUCCGCAAGAACGAGAUCUACAACGGCCAGCAGGGCGGCGUGUACAUCUUCAGCGACGGCCGCGGCCUCAUCGAGCACAACAACAUCUACGGCAACCAGCUGGCCGGUAUCCAGAUCCGCACCAACAGCUGUCCGAUCGUGCGCCACAAUCGGAUCCACCACGGCGAGCACGGCGGCAUCUACGUGCACGAGCGCGGCCAGGGCCUGAUCGAGGAGAACGAGGUGUUCAGCAACAAACUGGCCGGCGUGUGGAUCACCACGGGCAGCGCGCCCGUGCUGCGCAGAAACCGCAUCCACUCGGGAAAACAGGUGGGUGUCUACUUCUACGACAGCGGCCACGGCCAGCUGGAAGACAACGAGAUCUUCAACCACCUUUACUCGGGCGUGCAGAUCCGCACCAGCAGCAACCCGACGAUCCGGCGCAACAAGAUCUGGGGCGGCCAGAACGGCGGCGUGCUCGUCUACAACUCGGGCCUCGGCGAGCUCGAGCAGAACGAGAUCUUCGACAACGCCAUGGCCGGCGUCUGGAUCAAGACUGGCAGCAACCCGACGCUGCGCAGAAACAAAAUCUACGACGGACGCGAGGGCGGCAUCUGUAUCUUCCAGCGCGGAAAGGGCAUCCUGGAAGAGAACGAGAUAUUCCGUAACGUUCAGGCCGGCGUGCUGGUGUCGAACGACUCGCACCCGAUCCUGCGCCGGAACCUCAUCUUUGACGGCAUGGCGGCUGGCAUAGAGAUCACCAACCGCGCCACGGCCACCCUCGAGGCCAACAAGAUCUUCAACAACCGCUUCGGCGGCCUCUGCUUGGCCACCGGCGUCACGCCCAUCAUGAAAGGCAACAAGAUCUUCGACAACCAGGAUAUGGUGGAAAAGGCCAUCGAGGCCGGCCAGUGUCUGUACAAGAUUUCCAGCAACACGUCGUUCCCCAUGCACGACUUCUACCGGUGCAAGACGUGCAACACCACGGAAAAGAACGCCAUCUGCGUCAACUGUAUCAAAAUCUGCCACGCCGGCCACAGCGUCGAGUACAUUCGGCAUGAUCGGUUCUUCUGCGACUGCGGCGCGCGCGGCCUGCGCAACCCCUGCCAGCUGCAGGGCGAGCCCACCCAGGACUCGGACACGCUCUACGACUCGGCGCAGCCCAGCGAGUCGCAUACGCUGAAAUACAACGACAACUAGCCGGCAGAGCCCAGUGAUACACAACAAAUAUGGCACUAUUGUAUAUUAUAGUCGGCUGGCCGGCCGGCGCGCGACGCCAGCGCCGCGCUGCGGCGGGUGUCCGAAACUGUCGUUCGCCCGGUGGCUACCAGGGGCUCCCGGUCGAUCGUGAGCUACUGCAGUGUCGCCGCGCGGCGGCAGAGACUUCUAGGUUUUUGAAUCGGAGGACAGCAGUGAGAGCCGCGGUGAGCGCCGGCGCCGCCCCAGUGAGAGAGCAGUGAGAUGGUGAGAGGACGUGUCCGCCGGACAGGGCUUCCAGAUGACCCAGACGCGGCGAGGUCUCAGAGACUCGUGCGGGCGGCCCCGCGGGGUGCCUGGACCCGGCGCCGGCCCGGCGGCCGCUCCACCGCUGGUGAUUGGCACGGACUGAACGCUGACGUGCCUCGGCGGCGGGCGCACCGCAGUGCUGCGCGGUCCGGUCCACCGGGGGACCCGCUGGCGGUCCCGGCAGUGUAACCCGGCGACUGGCGGAGCUGUGUGAGCGACUGGCCGUGUGAGCGACUGGCACUCGUGUGGCGCCCGCUGGAUCCCGGUCAGAUGCGGGCCGGGUCCGGAGAGGUCUGUGAUUGGCGGUCCGCCGCCCCUGCCGCUGCCGCUGUCGCUGGCAGCGAGGCAGCUCUCGGCCCGGCGUGGAGCGCCGGCGGCGCGGCAGGCCCGCUGGGCCCUGUCGGAGCCCGGCGCCGCCGGCAGGAGGUGUUACACGCCGCGCUCAGCGCUGCGGCCGCGCUGAUGACAAUAACAGUGUUCACGUGACCCGCCGGCGUCGCGGAGAGUGAGUGGAUCGGUUUUGUUGGCACCCACGAGGGCGGAUCAUGCUGUAGGUAAUUGUUCUUAUGAUCUGGGGCGGUUGGACGCGAGAGGUCUGUGUUUCGUUCCUCAAAGAGAUGUCGACUCGCCACCAGCGAAUGGCGAAGACUGACUUAUGCGACAAGUCAUCGCUUUUGCGAGCGUCGCCGAAUCCCGGCGCUGGCCGGCCGACAUUUAUAUUCUUAUGUGGCAAAACGUCCCGAGUUGUAUGGCUCCGUGCAUAGAACUUACAUUUUCAUUGUGAGAACAGUUUAUUGCGUGCUUUGCCAGUCUUGUCCCGUAAAUGCCGGCAAUGAGUUUUCACGGCUGCUUUGGAGCGAAAAUUGGUCGUAGUGCGUUUUUCUGUGUUGCCGGGGAGUUUCUGUCGGGCCCGAACCGGUCCCCAGUGGCGCGGCGGUCGCGGACAUGACACCGGGGGCGGGUCCGCCGGGGACUGGGUGUCCCCGCCCCCGCCCCCGCCCCCGCCCGGCGCCCGGCGCCCGCCUGUGUUGGUGUUGCUCGUGUCUCCGUAUGAUGUGCGUGCCCGUGGUGACACCAGUGAAACGUAACUCUCCUCUCUCUCUCCCCGCACCUCUGUCUGUCCCCGUCACUCCUGCCCUCACCCCUCUCUCCCUCUCUGCUUUCUCCCUUCUGACCCCCGUUUUCGGCCGUUCGCCUGUGUGGGUCGCGGACUGGGCUGCAGGCUCGGAGCGACGGCACACGACGCCCCACGCCCUGCACAGCGGAGUAGAUGGGUGGGGGAUACUAACUCGAUGUGAGUGAGAGAGUGUGUAAUGCAACUGCUAUCGAUAUCGGUACGAAAUAUAAAUCUUUAAGUGCG